AGUUCACUUGACUACGCUGUUCGACAAACUUCACUGCUUUUACCAAACAUUCUUUUAUUUUCUUAUCGUUUGUCGUGAUAAGCGCAAGAUUCGUCGCGUUUAUUUUUUUAUUAUCAGAAUUGAAACAAAAAUCCAAGUGAUAAGAUAACAAUUCAUAGCGAAAAAUCGCAACAAUUCACCUGACAUUGUUCAAACGAAGUUAAGUUUAUUUCGAGCUUUAGCUGGCAGUGGUUUUGUUCUGUGAAAUUGGAAAUUUUCAUUUCCUUCUCUCGCUAGUUUAGUGUUUGCGAUUGCUCUUAGAGAUAAAACGAAAUAAAAAAAUAAAGCAAAGUGAGAUUUUUUUGGGUGCGUUUGAAAUUACAGAAGCAUAAAAACUUUUAUUUAAAAGCUUUUGAUUAAGUCUGAAAGUUUUGCCAUCACGUGAAGAAUAAAGAAGUGACAGAAUGACGAAUCCGAAUAAUUUAAACACUGGAAUGCGAUGCAUCAAGUUUAUUAUUUUUACAAUCUCGUUUAUGUUUGGGCUCACCGCAUUUUUACUGUUGGCUGUAGGUUCGACAAUUUCCACGAUUUUCGAUGACUUCAGCAUUUUCGUCGAUGAUCAUUUCUUUACACCAGCAAACCUUAUGGUGUUCAUUGCCAUCUGUUUGUUACUUGUAGCAGCUACUGGUUGUAUUGGAGCAGCUAAGGAAAGCACCAUGCUGGUGAACAUCUUUGCCCUCCUGCUGUUCAUUGUAUUCGCUAUGGAACUUACAGCGGCCAUUCUUGCUUAUAUGAUGCACGGUCAAGUGGAAAUGAUGCUCAUUCGAACUAUGGAUGAAUCAUUCCGGAUGUACGAUGAAAACGAAUAUAUUGCCAAUGGUAUCGAUUUUAUGCAGCAAAACCUUGAAUGUUGCGGAAUCGAUUCGCCAGAUGACUGGGCGAAAAUAAUCGAGGCAAAAGGAAAUCAAACAUCGGUUCCGGAGUCCUGUUGUCAUAUUAUGUUUGUAGAUCAAGAGACUGGACGUAAUGAGUGCGAAGAAUUUCAUCAGUUUGGAUGCCUGCCACGAUUGAAUUACAUCAUUGAGAAGAGCGCUAUGUUGAUCGCCACAGGAGCUUUGACAAUUGCGAUUGUACAAUUCCUGGGAGUUGUUUGUGCUUUUAUGUUAGCGAAAACAAUUCGGCGAACAAAAUCUAUUCGUGAAGCUCGCCGUUGGCAACUUCAACAAAGUCUGGGCGUUCUCACCAAUCCUUUUUCUUUUGAUAAGCAAAUGGAGGCCAAUGCCAGCGGACGACAAUACGACCCUGAUCCUGAAUACACUCAAAUGGGAAACAAUAAUAAUACAAAUACUUACUUACCCAACAGUCCAAGCGUCAUGUAGAAUUUUUCUUUUCUUUUCGUGCUUGUUUACCUUUGAUAAUAACGAAGCUACAUAAAAUAAACUGGCGAACGCCAUUGUGAUGUUAAUGAAACAAUCUUUUAUCCCUUUUCAACGUAGAUGGAUUGUAGCGACAUGAUUUUAAAUACUUGUUAAAAUAUAAUAUUCAUGAGUUCAUAUCCAUGAAAAUAUUUUUAAUAUUCAUUUCAAUGACAAAAGUUUCAUGCAGCAUAAAAACAAUGUUAAAUUAUGUAAUUAUUUCAUAAUAUUAAUGCUUGCAAAUUUCCUUUCUCUCUUUUUGUUUUCAAUUCAAAUUCAAAUUCAUCUGACACGAUGGAUAUUUAAAUAAUUUUUCAACCCUUUUUCCCUUUGUCUCCAUCUUCCAUUAUCUUAUUCAAGCUUUUUUCACCUACUUUUAUUUAUGUAUCUCCCGAUAUAAUGUUUGUUUAAUCAAAAGUUGCGCAUAAUAAAACUUUUACUACUUAUUGAGCUGUUAAACUAGAAUGUUUGUUUUUGUGGAUAUUGGAAGCGAAAGUUUUUGUAGUCGAUUUGGGGGUUGAAGAAACAAAAUGAAGGGUGGAGCAGCAAGAAGAGUUUGUUAUGUGAGAUAUUUUGAAAUGAGAAUG